CAUAUGGCCGCAGUGCAUUUUUGUAUAUAAAUCAAUGAAGUCAAUGCGGCAGAAAAUACCCGAAAUCGGCACGUCGGCUUUCAAGAAAACUGCGGCUACCACUGUAAAAUGGAGUAAAAAAACAGCAGCUAAAUCGGUCAGGCGUGGUAAAGGCGUUGUAGACGAUCUACAAAAUCGAUUGGGACGGAAACGGUUCUUUAUGAUUUUGGGUGCAAUAGGCAUUGUUAUUCUGUUAGUAAUAAUAAUUAUCAUUAUCGUUGCGGCGACGAAAAAGCGAGGGUCGGAACCAACGGAUCCUCCGGAAGAAUUCAAUAGCACUUCAUCAACAAUGAUCACAACCAGAGUGCAGUCUACAACAUCGUUUAUCCAUCCGAGUGUCUCGACUUCAUCACAAACUAAAUUUUUUAUUAACACUACUACUACAACGCUUCACACAACGACGACCAGUAAAUCUACUCGAAAGCCAACAGCACCAAUCCACUGCAUGUUUGUUGGGGACGUAUUCAAUCUAGGCAACGACACAACGACCAGCCCGUUUAAUUACGAAGAUGAGAGAGCGAUGCUUGACCAAGCGGGCGAAAUGCUGCUCGAAAAACGGGGAAACAAUGCAGGAAUUUGGGCUUAUGGUCACGUCACUCACACCGAGCAUUUUCAAAAGAUGUUUAAUAAAUCUGCCACCGAGUGGCUGGAAUUUUCUGGAACUCUGAGGGAGAUGAUGACUUACAAAAGUGAUAGACUAUUUCCACAUGCAGGUCCUGAAGCCAACUACAAUGUGGGUAUAUUCAAGGCUAUCAACACAACUGGUGAUCUCAAUGAAAAGGCAAACUGCUUGGUCUUCUUAUCAGCCAUGUCCAAUACUGUCGGAUUCAAAGUUGCACCAGAGUACAACUACAAAAGAAUCGUGGUUGUGAAUCUAGCGGAAGGUGACUUUGGCAGUAUUGUAGACGAACACCGCGGUGAGGUAGUCAAAGUGACUCAACCAUACGAUGAUAAAGCAAAUGCUGUGAAAAUACAUGAGGCAAUUUUGAGAGGCUUUUAUUGAAUGUGAUUGAUCCAUUUGUACGUAUAUAUUUUGCGAUUCUCUUCGAUUAUAUAG